AUGAUUCUAAAAUCUUUCCCUUCGACCACAACACCCCUGAACUCGACUUCUAUCAAUCCUCUGUUCUUUGAUACGACAAUCUUCCAUGACAAUGUUUCAUACGUAAACUCAUCAAAACCCAUAACAGAAUUUGGUUUCGGUUUUCAAAAAACCCACCAUUUGAAACGAACAAGUUCACAACUGCCAUUGGCAUUAAGAGGAUCGAAUGGUGGAGCUAACAAAGCCAUGGAAACGGUCCUCAAACUUUACGAAGCAAUUAAGAGCAAGGACGUUAACGAAAUGUCUGAGAUUAUCGGACAUGAUUGUCUUUGCAUAUGCAAUUUUGUCUCCACUUUUCGAACCUUUCGUGGAAAGAAGCAAGUAAUGGAAUUCUUCUCUUCGCUAAGGGGUAACUUGGGAAAUAAUUUCGAGUUCGUGGUACAACCCACGUUGCACGACGGAAUGACGGUCGGGGUAUCUUGGAAACUAGAAUGCAGCAAGACCCAUAAACCUUUAGGAAAGGGUUUUAGUUUCCACAUGUGUCAUAUGUAUCAAGGGAAGGUACUUAUAAGGAAUGUAGAGAUGUUUGUGGAGCCGCUUUUGCACAUUGAACCCUUUGGAUUGAAAAUAGCGGCAUUUGUUGCAAGCUUGACAGGACAACUGGUUUCCCAGGCAAUACUCAAGGGUGAUAAGAAAAAAGCUGCUUAUUAUUUCUUCAGCCUAGUUGCAUUGGCAAUACUCUUCAUCGUUGUAAGGGCUUUAUAG